AAACUACUUGGGAACUGGUGAGGCUCCGCUGCGGUAAACACCACAUGGUAGACAUUGCUAUGAAACCUACGUAGUCACAGACCACAGUGCUUCUCCUGGAGGACGGGUGAUGAGGAGCGUCUGGCUGGGAACCUGAGGAACUGCUGAGGACGCGGAGCCCAGCCCUGACCACUAGAGAGGCCACAACACGAUGAACAAACUGAACUUUCAUAACAACAGAGUCAUGCAAGACCGCCGGAGCGUGUGCAUUUUCCUUCCCAACGACGAAUCUCUGAACAUCAUCAUAAAUGUUAAAAUUCUGUGUCACCAGUUGCUGGUCCAGGUGUGUGACCUGCUCAGGCUAAAGGACUGUCACCUCUUUGGACUGAGUGUUAUACAAAAUAAUGAACAUGUAUAUAUGGAGUUGUCACAAAAGCUUUAUAAGUAUUGUCCAAAAGAAUGGAAGAAAGAGGCCAGCAAGGGUAUCGACCAGUUUGGGCCUCCUAUGAUCAUCCACUUCCGUGUGCAGUACUACGUGGAAAAUGGCAAGUUGAUCAGUGACAGAGCAGCAAGAUACUAUUAUUACUGGCACCUGAGAAAACAAGUCCUUCAUUCUCAGUGUGUGCUCCGUGAGGAGGCCUACUUCCUGCUGGCAGCCUUCGCCCUGCAGGCUGAUCUUGGGAACUUCAAAAGGAAGGAGCACUAUGGAAAAUACUUCGAGCCAGAGGCCUACUUCCCAUCCUGGGUUGUUUCCAAGCGGGGGAAGGACUACAUCCUGAAGCACAUUCCAAACAUGCACAAAGAUCAGUUUGCACUGACAGCUUCCGAAGCGCAUCUUAAAUAUAUCAAAGAGGCCGUCCGACUGGAUGAUGUCGCUGUGCAUUAUUACAGAUUAUAUAAGGAUAAAAGGGAAAUUGAAGCUUCACUGACCCUUGGAUUGACCAUGCGAGGAAUCCAGAUUUUUCAGAACUUAGAUGAAGAGAAACAAUUACUUUAUGAUUUUCCCUGGACAAAUGUUGGAAAGUUGGUGUUUGUGGGUAAGAAAUUUGAGAUUUUGCCAGAUGGCUUGCCCUCAGCCAGGAAGCUCAUAUACUACACGGGGUGCCCCAUGCGUUCCAGACACCUCCUGCAGCUUCUGAGCAACAGCCACCGCCUCUACAUGAACCUGCAGCCUAUCCUGCGUCACAUCCGGAAGCUGGAGGAGAAUGAAGAAAAGAAGCAGUACCGAGAGUCCUACAUCAGUGACAACCUGGAGCUUGACAUGGACCAGAUAGAGAAGCGGUCGCGGGCCAGCGGGAGUAGCGCGGGCAGCAUGAAGCACAAACGUCUGUCUCGUCAUUCCACCACCAGCCACAGCAGCUCCCACACAUCCGGCAUCGAGGCAGACACCAAGCCCCGGGACACAGGGCCGGAGGACAGCUACUCCGGCAGCGCCAUCCACCGCAAGCUGAAAACCUGCAGCUCGAUGACUAGCCACGGCAGUUCCCACACCUCGGGGGUGGAGAGUGGUGGCAAAGACCGACUGGAAGAGGACUCGCAGGACGAUGAAAUAGAGAUGUUGGUUGACGACCCCAGGGAUCUGGAGCACAUGAACGAAGAGUCUCUGGAAGUGAGCCCGGACAUGUGCAUCUAUAUCACGGAGGACAUGCUUAUGUCACGGAAGCUGAACGGACACUCUGGGUUGAUUGUAAAAGAAAUUGGUUCUUCCACUUCCAGCUCUUCAGAGACUGUUGUCAAACUCCGGGGCCAGAGCACUGAUUCUCUUCCACAGACCAUAUGUCGCAAACCAAAGACUUCCACUGAUCGACAUAGCUUGAGCCUUGAUGACAUCAGACUUUACCAGAAGGACUUCUUACGCAUUGCGGGUCUGUGUCAGGACACUGCUCAGAGCUACACCUUCGGAUGUGGCCAUGAACUGGAUGAGGAAGGCCUCUACUGUAACAGCUGCCUGGCUCAGCAGUGUGUCAACAUCCAAGAUGCUUUUCCAGUCAAAAGAACCAGCAAAUACUUUUCUCUGGAUCUCACUCAUGACGAAGUUCCAGAGUUUGUUGUAUAAAGUCCAUCCGCGUGCAACUGCACAGGCAGCCUGCUGUUGGCCAGAGACUGUCAAAGCCAGGGGGUUCUUAGCAUAAUACUUGUGCCAUAUUUUCUUCACCCCAAACAUGAUUCUUUUUUAUUUCCUAGUAUUUGCAAUGGAAACAAAGCCUUGGGACAAUUGCACUUUAAGUAUUACACAGGGGAAGAGAACUACAAAGAAUGUACGACAAGACAAGUGCCCGGAAGUUCACUGAUGCUCUGGAAGGAAAUGUACUUUACUUGGUACCAAGCCAUCAGAAUAUCGGACUGCGGUGUGGUUGUCCAUUGAUAGAUUUUUAGUUCAGUUACACAUAACGUCACAGUCUUUUUAUCACAUGAAAGAUGUUAGUUUAAUUUGUCUGCUUGUCCUUUGUUGUUUUUUAAACCACUCCCUCAUGAAAUGCUCAUGGUUUGAGGGAGGAGAGAGGGAAGGUUCUCUCUUUUAACAGAGAGACCGUUGCCUAGCACAUAGCCAUUGCCUCCUCACCGAGGCUUCCCAAGAUGAACACUAACCAAGUGGUCACGAUCGUGGGUCUAGCCAGCCAAAGAUACGUACAAUCGCAGAAGCAGCCACUCCGAGUGGAGAAGAUGACAAUGAAGCAAUAAGCAGAAGCCUGUGCGUGUCAUGACACGCCUCGUGACGCCUCGUGACGCCUCCAGGCCUGCCAGCGCCAGCCCUCCUCUGUGCUCUUCCAGAAAGCUCUAGGAUUCAGCCAGACUCCUCUUCUGAGUCACAGCUCCGUUGUGUUCAUGUUACAGUGCAUUUUGCGGAGUUUUACAAAACUGACUUCUGCUAAAACUGUGGAAAUGUCCUAGAGAAAGUCUGUGCUUGGUGUUUUCUUUGUCUUUGGCUUUUUAAAUUAUCAGGAACAAAUCAUGAUACUGCUAUUUUCUGUCUAACCAAAAUGCCCUAACUAUAUGCUUAUGUCAUACAUAUAUAAAUACAUGGCAUUGUGUGUGUUUAUAUGUGUUUAAAGCUUACUAACUCUUCAGUUUGGUUUCCAUGACUAUCUUGGACACAUGGUACUCCUUCGUGAAUAUUGAGGAUAUAUCAUUGAAUGAGUGAUACCUACAGACAAUCAGUUGAUAUGUGUUAAGGGUGACUGUUUCCUCAUGUGCCUUUGGCCAUGAUUCUCAAUUCUGAUAGCAUAGUAGAAUUAUUUGGGGAGCUUUUAAAAGAUGAUGUCUGAGUCCCACCCCUGACCCAUUAAAUCAGUCACUUGUGGAGGGCCCAGGGGGACUGGCCUUUUCUUAGAAAGUUCUCCAGAUGGACCUAAUAUGCAACAGAGUUGGAAACCACUGAUCCAGAGGGUGUUAACUUUGAAGUAAAAGUAUAUGGACGAUGUUAGCGUACGACAGAGGGCCAUUUUUAAGAUAGUUACUGCGGUGCUGCUGUUAAGAUGUAUAAUGAAACUGAGUCAGGAGAGUGAAUUUACCAACCUUUUAAUGUACAGCAAAAGUAUUGCUCGCACUUCAGGAGAGAACUUCAUAGCACAAUGUCUUUCUAUGAGAUGUUUUUAAUGAUUUAGUAUUUUACAACAUUUGUUUACCAUAUUUUGAUACACCAUUUUUUCUAUCUGCAGGUUUUAUUAAAAAAAAACUAUAUAUUAUUUUCUAAAGAAACAGUCAUAUUUUUGUACAAAAUUAUGUUUUCAGGUAACAAAGAAAUAGAUUUAGGGUACAGCAGAAUAUAAGCAGUGUUACCCGUGGAUGGGAGUCAGUAUUAUUAAAUGAAUGGUGAACACAAUCGUGCCCACCUGUGCUGCCCUCCUGUGCCGGGUCGCAGACAUGUACAACAGAGCUGUGUUAAAUUAGUCUCACCUGACACUUGAAAAGGAAAACAAAAGUUCUGUAAAAUUCUGAGGUCAUGAAAGUAUUUUGCUUUUAUGAAAUGCUUUAAAAGAACCAAAGUUCCAGAUAUCAGAAUGUAUAAAAGUAUCUCAGUCUCUGUAUAAAGGGUACCAGUAUGAAUGGAUCAUUUAAUGACUGUUUUAUUUAUAAGUCAUUAAAUAAUCCACCAUUUCUUAUAGAUGCUUACGAGACAAAUCCUGGUGAAGUUUGUACUCUAAAGAGCUCAGAUCCUAAUGCGGUAUGUGUCCUUAGCUCUUAGUGUUUCUUGCAGACAUAAAGAAAAAAAAAAAACCACGUAUUUAAUUAAACAGGUAGUGCUUUUUAUACUUUCUUUUCUCUUCACUUCAGCCAGAAUCAGGUCUUCAGGAGUUUCCCAGCAUUGUUGGUGGUUUUGCAUCCCCCCUCUUUCUAAUUGGAUUUAUGAAUAGCCUUGUGAGUUCUCAAAAACGAAACAUGCUAAGGAACAUUUUUGCUUUUUGGUCCAUUUGUAACAGAAUUAUACACACACACACACACACACAUAUGUAUAUGAAAAUCCACUUUGAAUAAUCUGCAUUUUUGUAUUUGGAAAUUGUUUUAAAAAAUAAAAAGAAAAGUCUAAAGUUGCUAUUUAUUCUGCCUUUGUUACAUACCCAUUGCUCUUCGGUAUACCAACUUGGUAUUAUUGCCUCUACUCGUCUACAUUUGUAUUCGCAACAAUGAGCUUUAUACCUACA